AUGCCCAUUGGCUUGAAGCGCUUGAGCGAGCUAUGCACGGUGAGGUUUGAGAAGGAAUACAAGGCAUACUCAGAGUAUUUCGGGUCUGUAGUGUCUCUGGCCAAGGAUGAAAAGCUCGAGCAGAUGUUUUCCAAGUAUUCUAGGAAUGCCCUUGGCGAAGAAGAGGUCCUAGAGUGCAUUCGCGGGUGCAGUCCGAGCAGUCUGAAGUACUUUACCAAGAUAUACGAGUAUGAGGAGGAGCUCUGCAAGAAGAAGGCGGUUCUGGUACUGAAAGGGAGAUACAUGGAGGAGGAGGGGCACGAGAGAGACGCCAUCUUCCAGUGCAUAAGGAGGCUGUCGCACUUUCUCGAUUUUGAAUUUGUGAAAGAAACAUGUGAUGACGAGUGUCUGGCGCUAGUUGUUGGGGAGUAUGCACGGAAGCAUGAGCUUGACGGGUCGUUUCUGGAUGAAGUCGUUAGCUUUCUGCCGUCUGUGUUUUUUGGAUACACAUGGGUGAACAAUCUGCUGCUUGAUUCUUUCGAGGCGUCCUUUGAAAGGGUGGUUGGAAGGUGUUUGGAAGUUCUUCUGGUUGUUGAUUGCUCGAACAGAAGGGUUACUGAAGCCAUUUCCAGGAGUCCACUGAAAAAGAAGAUCCUCGAAUACCUGAUCAGCAACGAUUUGGUUGGAGACGGGGCCUUGGGUGCCCUGAUAGAUGCUGUUGGCCAUGUUGAUGCACAUGUGUUUUUGAGCGACCGCGUUCUUGCGAAGCUUUCUGAAGAAAGCAUUGUGAGAUAUCUUGACUCGAUUAAGACGGAGGAGGUUGUUGAGAUUGGAGUGCUAGGAUGCGAAUGCAGGAAGCUGUUCAAGGUCAUGGCGCAGGUUAUCGAGAGGAGAGCCAAAGACUUCAUGGAGCAUUCGAGGAUUGCCGAUGUGCUGCUCCUUAUUGUUUACCAUAGGCCCAAGACAAGGCUUGGGGAUUUUCUGGGGCUUCUGAAGGCGUCUCCUGAGAGGGAGUUUUUGAUUGCCAGGGAGGAGGGAGAGAGAAGGAUUGUAGUUGAUGUUGACAGGGAUACUGGGGAGAUCCGGGAGAUUGGCCCGUGUGCAGAGAGCCUUGCAGGUUCUGUUGUUGGGGAGGGUGAGUUUAGGUUUGCCGGAGGAAAGAGAGCUGGGAAGAAGGAGGUUGAGGAAUAUCUGAAGGAGAUAUGUCUGGACGAAAGGGACUUUAUCGGGGAAGUCAGAAGGAAGUUAGGCUUCACAUGCUUUCUUGAUAGUCCGGAAAAGCCUACCUUUGGGCAACUUGUGGAGCUCCCGGCCUAUUACUUUGUGGAGGCGCUUAGGCGAUACUCCAAUGAGUUUUUGGGACUGGUGCACCAGUUUAACGAAAUAGUGAUUCCGACCAGCCGAAAGAGAGACCUGAUUGCAAAGAGGAUUGUGUCCAGCGGGUACAAGGAACUCUUUACCCGAUAUCUCAUAAAAAGAAACAGAUACUUCAACAUGGAAGUUGACAUCGAUCUGUGGUUUGAGGAGAUGACGACUGAAUACAAGAUCAAAUAUCUUCAUGACCAUCCGGCAGCCUUGGCUGGGCGGGAAGACAAGAUUGCUGCUUUCCCAAGGCGCAGUAUUGAUGUGCCAUCCCCUGUUGGUGAGAGGACGGGAAACAGGGAGACUCCGGAGGAGACAAUCUACAAGACCAGAAGACAUGCUUCCGAAACAAGCGAUUUCAGCAGACAAGACAAUAGGUCUCUCCCCUGCGAUCGGGGCGAAGGCGACGGAGAGAAGCAAAAAAAGUGCAGCAAGUUAGACGGGUGGAAGAGAAGACUGGAUGGCGCCAAUGGAAAUGCAGGUGAGCGGUGGGGUACGGAAAAGAAGGCCAGGAUGGAAGAUGAGGCGCAGGAGGAAAAUGUUUAUGAUGACUGUUAUCCAAUCGAUAGGAUUGACUACACCCUCUUCAGGGAGAGAGUAGGGUUUAUAUGCAACGAAGUAAACAGAAGGAUUUGCAAGGGAAGUGGGCUUGACAGGGCAGGCAAGGUUACGUCGGUACUGGCGAGGGAUGAAGAAAUGGUUGACAAGAUUCUGUCCAUUCUGCAGGGGGUAAACAGAUUUGGAAAGGAUCUUGCUAGUUUUGUUGAGUUUUUUGUGUUCUUCCUCUCGUACUGCAGAAUAGAGGUAGGAAUGUCUCCAACAACCGUCAAGACUCUGAAGAGAUACAUUUCCGAAGAGGGCUCUGACUCUGUCCUGUACUUUGUGUUUAUGAAAGCUAGGGUGGAGGAGAUAGGCACCUUGCUUCGGGACUUCAAAGACUGCACCUUUGGCGUUAUCUGCAAGGCGGUGUGUGACAGGAUCCGUGCAGUCAGGAAAAGCAUGAUGGAAAAUGCAGAGGACAAAUGCACUGUGAUCAAGGCCAGGGUGGACCAGCCAGUGAUCAGGAGAAAGAGAGGGCGGGAAACAAGGAUCGAUGCUGCUGAGGUCUGGAACUGCGGAGGUCAAGUGGAAAGAAUCAACAAGCUUGUGGCAUCGCUUUUGUCUUCGGACGACGAGAGUAUGCAAUACCUUGGCCUUGAGGGCUUGUAUGCCCUUAGAGCGGAGGUGGACGUGGAGAGCUUCCUUGACUCUAGAAGCGACAGGGUUGUUGAGGCAGCACUGAAAACAGUCGUAAAGAAGGACAUUACAUCCUCCACCAACAAAAGACUCAUGGAGAUAUUAUACAGGAGAGGAAGGCUAGACAGCCUUGGAAAGAUGUGCCUUAAGGCUAUAAACAUCGAUGUCCUGGAGAAGGACGACGUUGACAGGAUUUACGACAUGUUCUUCAUUGACCCGGAAAGCUAUCUGGAGCUUCUACCGAGGAUACUAGAUAGGGGAUACAAGCUGUCUGGAGAUGUGGCUAUGGAGCUCGUAAGGCUACUAGGACAGUCCCAAUGCGACAGCGUGCUUGAAAAUGCAAUCAGGGUCCUGAGGAAUGUUGAAUACACGGAGGAGAUGGCUCUUGAGAGUAUUCUAGCUCUUGAGAAUGCUAGGUUUGCUCCGAAGAUGUUUCUGGUGGAAAAGAUAUACAGCACCCCGCACAUCCUCAGCACCCGUGGGUUCCUCAAACUGUGUGUGUGCAUAGGCAACGAGGAGAACUAUGCUGUGUUGAAGGGACUGCUUCAAAUAUUGAGGAAGAGCGGAGUCAACACAGAGAUUGUUGAGAAGUGGAAAAAGAACAGGGGACUGGACAGGCUGAUGGUGAGGAUCUAUCCCCUGUACAUGAAGGACAGAUCGUACUACAGAGGGAUCUUGGAUGGGAUUAGGAACGACAGGGACGAAUGGAGCUUUAUUAGUGAAUUCUACAAAAGCGAAUUUGAGGCGGCAGGCGGCUUGGCGACGUCCAGCCCUGGAUAG